CACGAAUAGUAAACAGCGCCACUAGGGAGUAUCCUAAAAUUUGCAUAAACUUCCUGUCAGGUUCAUUUCGUUGCUUUUAUAAAAUUAAUCAGGUUAGAUGUGUAAAGUUGGAUAUUUUCGUUAACUUAUUGUAGAAAGUUUGUUAUAAUCACUCUUUUAAUGCUGAACAAAAUUUUCAAUUUAUUUGUAUUUUAAGAUAGCGAGAGCAGCAUCUGAAUAGAAAUAAUAAGUUACAGAAGGUUUCUUACCAAUACCAUAUUCAAAUUGAAAUGGCCGGAAGAUUACCCGCAAUUGUGAUAGAUAAUGGAACUGGGUAUACUAAACUGGGAUUUGCUGGGAAUAGAGAACCUCAGUUUAUCAUUCCUUCUGCCAUAGGCAUCAAAGAGACUGCAAAAAUUGGUGAUCAGGCUACUCGAAGAUUGGGACGUGGAAUAGAAGACCUGGAUUUUUACAUCGGGGAUGAGGCAUUAGAUGCAUCAGGAUAUGCUGUGAAGUAUCCAAUUCGUCAUGGGAUUGUUGAAGACUGGGAUUUGAUGGAGAGGUUCUGGGAACAGUCCAUUUUCAAAUAUUUGCGUGCAGAACCAGAAGAUCAUUAUUUUCUUUUGACAGAGCCUCCUCUGAACACUCCAGAAAACAGAGAAUACACUGCAGAAAUAAUGUUUGAAUCUUUCAAUGUUCCAGGUCUUUACAUAGCUGUUCAGGCAGUGUUGGCCUUAGCUGCCUCUUGGACAUCAAGACAAGUUGGAGAGAGAACACUUACUGGUCUUGUGAUUGAUUCUGGAGAUGGUGUCACACAUUGUAUACCAGUGGCAGAAGGAUAUGUUAUUGGAAGCUGUAUUAAACACAUUCCUAUUGCUGGACGCAAUGUUACCUAUUUCAUCCAGAGUCUUCUUCGAGAAAGAGAAAUUGGCAUUCCUCCUGAGCAGUCGUUGGAAACAGCCAAGGCUAUCAAGGAGAAGUACUGUUACAUCUGCCCAGACAUUGCCAAAGAAUUUUCAAAAUAUGAUCAGGAGCCUGCCAAAUGGAUGAAAAAAUAUGAAGGAAUCAAUACUGUCACCAAACAGCUAUUUUCUGUAGAUGUUGGGUAUGAAAGGUUCCUUGGUCCAGAGAUUUUUUUUCACCCUGAGUUUGCUAAUCCAGACUUUAUGACUCCUAUCUCUGAAAUUGUGGACACUUGUAUCCAGAACUGCCCUAUUGAUGUUAGAAGACCACUAUACAAGAAUAUUGUAUUGUCUGGUGGAUCAACUAUGUUUCGUGAUUUUGGAAGAAGACUACAGAGAGAUUUAAAAAGAGUUGUUGAUGCUCGCCUUAAACUGAGUGAAACCUUGAGUGGGGGCAGAAUUAAGCCCAAGCCUAUUGAUGUCCAAGUAAUAUCGCAUCACAUGCAACGGUAUGCUGUAUGGUUCGGAGGCAGUAUGCUAGCAUCCACACCUGAGUUUUACCAAGUGUGCCACACUAAAGCAGCAUACGAGGAAUAUGGCCCUAGUAUAUGUCGUCACAACCCGGUAUUUGGAACAAUGACAUAGUGUUGUUUUUGUUUUUUUUUCGUUGGUGUAAACUUUAAUUUGUAUUGAAAAUAUGACUGAAUUAAUAAUUUACUCAUUAUCAUCAUUUAACUGUCAUCAAGAUAAGAAAUGUUAUGCUACUGCAAUAAUAAUUGUUUAUUAAGCUUGCUUUCCUAUACUUUGAUUAAAAAGUUAAAAGUAAAAUUAUACUUUAUAAGUUACAUGAAAGUAAUUCUGUUAUUUAAAAAGUUGACAUAUUAUAUCUGAUUCUUGACACACUAAACAAUUAUUGAUGAUGUAAUAAUAAAGUAUUCCAAUUA